AUGGUUCGUUCACGUCGUGCAUCUCCCUCGCAUUCCCGCCCUUCCGCUGCGCCUCCGCCGGCACGUCACACUCCCCCGCCACAGCAGCAGCCGCAAGUGACAAACGUCUAUUUGCAACGCGGCGGGGGCACAGGUAUACUUGGCACCAUGGCCUCUGUUGCUGCGGGGUCCGUCCUCGGCCAUGGUAUUUCUAACAUGUUGUUUAAUCGAGAGCAGCCCCCCACGCAGCCUGCAGAGGCGCAAGAGAUGGCGCGACAAGUCGGCGAGGGUGCCUGCUCCUCGCAAAUAAAGUCUUACUCCAAGUGUCUUGAGGCAAACGCAGAACACCCGGAAAACUGCAAGUGGGCGUGGGACUAUUUUUUGCAGUGCCAGGAUGGACAGCAGCAAAGUCAAUAA